UCGCGCGCAUUUUCCUAACGCUUACACCUACCGCUUCCAGUCAUUAACAGUUUACGCAUUAAAAAACAAAACAUUCUGUGUAUCUGUGUUAUUGUGACGGUUUUUCGGAAGUUAAUAGUUCUUUCAGGACGUCGAACGCCUGUGUUAACCGGUUUCAGCCGGAUAUAACUACUUAGAACCAGCCAGGGUUGCAACACCCGGAGCAUGGGCGAUGGCAUGGCGUGAGAUGUCGCGAGUCGCGCUCGCACUUGCCGCGCUUUUCGUGGCCGCCUCCUCGCGUGCGCCUACUAAGGAUCCCCUGCAGUUUGAAGCGGCAUUUCAAGGUAGAUGUGGCGAAGGCAGCCCGUGUGAGCAGCUCUGCCGCGAGCUCCAUGACGGUACCUACGAGUGUGGCUGCGGGCCGGGUUAUGUGCUGCAUGUCGACGGAUACGGCUGCUUAGAAAUAAACGCAACCAAAACAACGGAUAACACUGAAAAACAAGAGGAUGUCCUCUAUCAGAAAGACGUAUCUUUCUCAGCAGAACUAGAAAUAGCCCCGUCCAAUAGACUUAGUAAAUCUAAUGUAAGCGAAAAACAUAUCGACGAUAUACAAAUACUAGCAACACUGCCAACUCUCUUAAACAUUGUCAAUGAGCCUAAUUAUACGUUUACGGGUGAGAGAUCUAAGGAAGUGGAUGGCCUGAAGAGUCUCAUCGAGGACGGAGUUAGUAAAAUAGAUAUUAACAUCAUAGCUGAUGAUAAAAUCAAUGAUGCUUUGCUUGAAGUUAAUAAGAUUAAAGUAACAACGCUUGGACCUAGUUUAGAACAAAAAGUGCCGGGAGGUACGUCAUCACCAGAAAGGACGACAGCCGUGGAGAGUUGCGACUGUGACACAUGCAACGGCGCCCGAUGCUCUUGUCUACUGUCCACUAAAUGCAAACCUAACACUAAAGUAUCGACACCUCGUUUUUCCGGAACAUCCUGGCUGGCAUUACGCGCUUUGCGGGGAGCGUACAAGCGAGUACGAUUACGACUACGCGUGCGACCUGAGAGAACGCGCGGCGUACUUCUUCUGACUGGUGAACAUGACGAUCUAUCUGGAGAUUAUCUCGCACUUAUAUUAAGGAAUGGCCAUGUGGAAUUAAGAUUUGAUUGCGGCAGCGGCGCUGGAGUGUUAAGAUCCCCUGAGCCUGUCCACCUCGGUAGAUGGAACACCAUAUCGGUGUACCGGCACCGAUGGGACGCGUGGCUGAAACUUAACAAUGGGAAACGGGUUCGAGGCAGAUCUAAGGGACUUUUCUCUCGUAUGACCUUCCGUGAACCGGUCUGGGUUGGUGGGGCUGGGAAUACAACUGGACUCCAAAGCAAGCUUGGUCUGUCCGAAGGAUUGCUUGGAUGUGUGGACUUCCUACGCAUCAAUGGUGACACGUACCAUCUCGUUAAAGACGCUGUCUCUACACUGGACGUUUCCGAAUGUGCCCCAACACUAGCACCGUGGAGACCAAGCAACGAUGUCACCAGUGAAAUACCACACAGACCAAACGACUUGUCCCACGUUAUUUACGACAUAAAUGAUAUAGUACACUUUGAAGACAACGAUAUAGUAAUGAGAGAUGCGAAAGAUCACAAUAAACUGGACAACUCAAUAGAAUACAAAUACAAUGACGUCAAAUCGCAAUUGAAUGAUAAAAAAUAUUUCAUUAAGAAAAUGCUAUUUAAUGACGAUGAUAAAAGCAUUGGUGUUGUUAAUGAUGUUAAUAAUGAUUUGAGAAGUGACGAAGGGAAGGUGACAGUUGGCGAUGACUGCGAAUGUCAACAUGGAGGUGGAUGUGUCGCUCAUAUUUGUCUAUGUCCAUUGGGAUAUGCUGGGGACAGGUGUGAAAUCACUUUAGAUUUGAAGGUGCCCAAGUUCAACGGAUCUUCGUAUCUGCGCCUACCUGGCCUCGGCAACGCAGCGCAAUCGUGGCUUGAGAUAGAGAUAACACUGAAGCCUACCAAUGGGGACGGAUUGCUGCUCUACGAUGCAGAACACCCCAGUGGUGAUGGCGACUUCUUCUCCUUACACCUUCGAGAUUAUUUUGUGGAGUUCGCGUUUGAUCUUGGAUCUGGAAUUGCUCUUGUGAGGUCAGCGUACCCUCUCGAACAGAACAAAUGGCACCGCGUAUCCGUGAGUCGGUCCGGACGUCGCGCGGCGCUCCGCGUGCGGUCACGUGACGCGAACGAGGACGCGACGCGGUCGGUGACGUCACGCGGAGCCGCGAGACAUCUCACCCUGAGGCAGCCGAUGAUGUUAGGAGGAGCGCCGCAUCCGCUACCACAGAGGCUAGCGCUACGGACUUCGUUCAGUGGAUGUGUUGGAAAAUUGGUGAUCAAUGACGAGGAACUUUCAGUAGUGUCUUCAGCGCUAGGAGGCGUUAAUGUUGACAACUGCGAUGGACCACACAACGACACCUGCUCGGACACUCUAUGCAAGGAAACAUUGGACCACGCGCCAUUUUCAAACUUAAACGUAACAGGCGACUCACACCAUUCGAUCGUUGCGAAAAAGGGCUUCAAAUUGAAAUACCACAAGGCGAAAUCAAAAAAACACUCGCAGCACUAUCACAUAGAAAAAUAUAAAAAGAAAAAAUUUGUAGCAAGCAAAAAGUAUCAACAUAUGCAAAAUGACGUCGAGAUAAAGAGUGACGUCGAGAAAAAGAGUGACGUCAUGACCGAAGAGCCUGUAUACGACGGCCAAACGUACAUGCAAGUAAACUAUUUGGACACGAACGAAAUAAAUUGGGGCGAUACGAAUACGUAUCCAAGUUUCAGUGGAACUGACAGCUUCAUACAUAUUGACGACGAGGAGACGAUGAAAAGACUGCUGAGCUACACGCUGGACAUCAACAUCCGGUUCCGCGCGGAGGGCCCGCGCGGCCUGCUGGUGUGGAGCGGCCGCGCCGCGCCUCGCGCUGACUUCCUCGCGCUCGCCGUCGAGGACUCUGUACUCGUGUUCAGAUACGACUUAGGUAGCGGAGAAGUGGUAAUAAUAGCUAAUCACACGAAAGUUGACGACGGACUUUGGCACAGAGCAAGAGCUACAAGGAACCGACAAGCGGGAGUGCUUGAAGUGGAUGGCUUAGGAUCCGUCGGUAAAAUAUCUCCAGGAAAGCUUAAGCAGCUAAACACAGAGAACGGCCUCUAUAUAGGUGGUUUACCAGCAAUAGAAAUGAAUACAAUGGGAAAAUAUAAAAAUGGCUUAAUCGGAUGUGUCUCGCAGAUAUCACUGAGCGGUGAUUUUGAUAUUCCACUAUCAUUGUCUAAAUUACCUCACACUAUAACAAACAACGUGGGACGCUGCACACCAUAAACAAUGUAUAAAUGAACCUGGUUCAUUUAUAUAUGAAACACCAUGUACAUUUAUUACGUAAAUGAUUUCAUAUAUAUUUUUGGUUCAUUU